AUGAACGUGGGCACCCCGAUAUCGGAGUUGGGGGAGGACACGGAGCUGCUGGUGGAUGAGGAAGGCACCUCACUGGUGGGGGACCCCUUUGAAGACCUGCCAGAAGACGAGGAUGAGGAGGGGGAGGACGGCGGCGGCGGUGCAAGCGGCGACGGCGAGGCCGCGGCCGGCGGCGCGGCGGCGGCGGCCGCGGUUGGGGAGCCGGGGCCGACGGGGCCGAGGCGGCGAGGGCGGCCGAAGAAGAGCGACGUUACCGGCGGCGGCGGCGGCGGCGGGACGGUGGCGGCGGCGACGGGCGAGGAGGAAACCGACGAGCAGCUGCUGGCGAAGUACGGGAUAAACGCGGACGACUAUGACUUUGACUUUGGCAUGGUGGGUGACGUGGCGCCCUUCAUCAAGCUGCGGCUGGUGGACAGCGAGGAGACGCGCGCAGUGUGGCCGCACCCCUUUGAGAUCACAGCCAAGAUCUCCCUGAUGCAGACCGACGACUUCCCGGACCCAAAGGGGGACCUGCCGCGCGGCUUCUUCGAGUGGGAUGAGUAUUACGGGGCGCCGGGCGCGGACGGCCGCGAGGAUUACGAGGACGGCGGCGGCGUGGAGGGGGACCCGACGCAGCAGCCGCAGCCGUUCAGGGGUGACAUGCCUGACCUGGACGCAGACGAGUCACCCCCCAUGCAGGUCAAGUACGAAUUCGAAGUCACCCACACCGGCGCCGAGGCGGACGCGCCGCUGCGCUUCCAGCUAGCCACCACCCCUCACUUCACCACCCAGGACCAGAGCAGCACCAACCACGCGCCGUUUGUGCGCGCGCUGGGGCUGGGGGGCAAGAACACAUUUGACUACAGCCAGGACCCGCGGCAGCCGCUGCUGCGCCACGUAGAGACCGACUUCAUACGAUUUGGCUUGAACCGCAUCGAGACUGUCGUCAUCAACUCUGCAGACGCAGAGGUCCGCUUCUGCCCAGGGGACCGCACCCACUACGAGCUGCUGCAGCGGGAGGGCUUCCGGGACGCAGUGGCCUACCACUCUGGGCCGCUGGCGGCCGGGGAGCUGGGCUUCUGGAACUACUACGCAUGCCUGGGGGCCGGACGCAUCGCGCUGCCAAAGACCCUUCAGCCCGGGGAGUCGUGGCGUGCUGAGUAUGUCAUCCGCCGCCACCUGCGCUACUGGGACCCCCCCAUGUGGGACCGCCACUCCGCGCAGCCGCUGCCGCCGUGGAUGCCGCCCAACGAGGGCGAUGACGGGGAGGACGAGGAGGUGCGGGAGGAGGACGGCGGCACAGGGGCGGGCCUGGACGCGGGCGGCGGCUGGGAGUAG